CUUUUUGGUCAUACUGAAGACCCGUAGAAGAAGGCGUGCCUAGUAACGCGGUUGUCAGGAAGACUUUGGGGAGAAAAUGUGUACAUCAGUAUGAUUUGUUUACCUUUUGACUGAUAGGCCAGUUGUGUUUAUGAACACGUUACUUAUAUAUUUUGGUCUUAAGAUUGAUAUCAGUUUUGUCCAAAUUCAUCGUUCUGGAUCUUCUCAAUCCUCUCGGUUGGGUGUAGUGUUUUUCUUCACUCUUUUGGAAUUCGUCCCGCACAUCGGCUCCAGAAUACCCGCAGGGUUCAAGACCACAGUGUAAGGUGAUGCUUAAGCAUGAAAUAUGCAGAUAUCCACGUUCUCCGUGUGUUGGAUUUGAUGAUACUGUAAGCAUCGAUGUUCAAUCUGCAAGAGUGUGAGUGAUCUAGCUGACAGGUGUCUUUGUGGCACCUCUCAUCAGUUGUUAUGGGUACGGCGUCCUCUCUGGUGAGCCCCAGUGAGGUGAUUGAGGAUGCGUACGGUGGUGAGGGAGGGGAGGCGUGUGAGAUACCGGUGGAGGUGAAGCCAAAGGCACGUCUGCUGCGGAGCUCCUUCCGCCGCGGGCCUCGUGUCAUCGGCGCCAGCUUCAAAUCUACCGGAUCAGUGGAACUGGAGUACGCCGCUGAGUAUGAGCGCCUCAGGAAAGACUACGAGAUCUUUAGGGUCAGCAAGAACAAUGAGAUCGCCUCCAUGCAGAAGAAAGAAGCCAAGCUGGAUGAAGAGAACAAGAGACUGCGCGCUGAGCUGCAGGCCCUUCAGAAGACUUACCAGAAGAUUCUUCGAGAGAAGGAAAGUGCCGUGGAGGCAAAGUAUCAAGCCAUGGAGAGAGCUGCCACCUUUGAGCAUGACAGAGACAAGGUCAAACGGCAGUUUAAGAUAUUUCGGGAGACUAAAGAAAAGGAAAUUCAGGAUUUGCUGCGGGCAAAACGAGAUCUGGAGUCAAAACUUCAACAGCUGCAGGCUCAAGGCAUUCAGAUUUAUGAUCCAGCAGACUCGGAUUCAGACGACAACUGCACCACUGUCACCACUGCAGGAACUCAGUGCGAGUACUGGAGUGGUGGCGUGUUGGGCAGCGAGCCGUCCAUGGGCAGUAUGAUGCAGUUACAGCAGACACACAGGGGUCCAGAAUUCGCUCACAGUCUCAUCGACGUGGAGGGGCCGUUUGCCAAUGUCAGCAGAGAUGAUUGGGAUGCAGCUGUAGCCAGUCUGCUGCAAGUUUCUCCUCACGUCUCUCAGGCUCUGUGGAGUAACACAGUCCGCUGCUACCUCAUAUCCACACAGGAGACCAGAGCGGAGCUGCAGACCUUUAUACAAACUCAUUCUUUAAGGCUGCAGAGGUUUUGUGAGGGUUUGGGUCAUUUCUACCUGAACGUGUCAUUUCCUGAGGAGAAAGCCGCUUUGUAUGCUGCUGAACGCAGGCAGGAGAUCGAGAGAAGCUCUGUGUGUGUGCUGCUACUCAAAUCCUCAGUGUCCAGUUGUGUUGUAGAGGAUGUGGAGGAAGCGUUUGUGAAAACCCCAGACUCUCGUCCUCUCUUGCUUUAUUUGCGAACUGGUGACAGAAAAGGAGAAAAGGAAGAGGUGUCCACCCUCAGUCCAUCCACUAGAGACUUGCUGGAGAGAGUUAACAAAGCUGACAAGAGUGCCAAACUUAAAGUAUUGGAUCAUGCAGGGUCUGUGGAGGGUGGAGCUGCUCUUAUCUUCACUCAACUUGAAAGAAUUAUCAAACAGGAGUUGUUGGGAUUGGAGUUAGAAGAGAGCGGAGCGGUGGAGGAGAGAGAAGAGGAAGACUCUGGCGAUGUGCUGUGGGACCUUCAUGAUGAGCAGGAGCAGAUUGAGGCGUUCCAGCAGGCUUGCAGCGCUGCUUCCAGAUUCAGCUUCCAGAAGUAUGUUGACCGACUCAAUGAUAUGGUAGCCGCCCCUCCACCCACCCCACCGCUGCUGGUAUCUGGUGCACCUGGAUCGGGCAAAUCACUUUUGCUCGCUAAAUGGAUAGAGUUACAGCAGAAACACUCUCCCAACACCCUCAUUCUGUAUCACUUCACAGGACAUCCUCUCACGACCAGCACAGAUCCAGUGCUCAUCAUCAAGCGCCUCACAGUAAAGCUGCUCCAGCAUUUCUGGUCUAUUUCCGGCCUCUCGAUGGACCCUUCUAAGAUACUCGAGGAGUUCCCACGCUGGCUAGAGCGGCUGUCUGCACGUCACCACGGAAACAUCAUAAUCAUCAUUGACUCCAUUGACCAAAUACAGAAUGCUGAGCGGCACAUGAAGUGGCUAAUUGAUCCUCUUCCUGCUAAUGUGAGAGUGCUGGUGUCAGUUAACGUGGAGACCUGCCCACAGGCAUGGAGAUUGUGGCCCACGCUGCACCUGGACCCACUCAAUCCCAGAGAGUUGAAGAGUGUCAUCAGCACAGAAUGUGUGAACAGCGAUAUCAAACUCACCAAAGAUCAGGAAAAGAAGUUGGAGAGACAUUGCCGUUCAGCUGCAACAUGCAACGCACUCUAUAUCUCACUAAUAUCAAGACUCAUUACACAAUCUAGAUCUUCCUGGACGUUGGAGAAGACUCUACAGCAGUGUGCGUCGUGUCAAGACACAGUAUCACUAUACAGACUGGCCCUGAAGGUUGCGCUAGACUCACUCAGCACUGAUCAGGAAAAGCACAUCAUGAAAGAGCUACUGUGCCUUGUAUGUGCCAGUCGCAAUGGCAUCAGUGAAUCAGAGGCUUUGGAACUGUUCCCAGACCUGAGUUUUCCUGCUCUCACCUCACUGCUCCACAAUCUGGAAAGACUCCUCAUCAUUACCUACGCCUGUGGCCUCAUUCGCUUUCAGCACCCACAGGCAUGUGAAGCGGUCAACCAAGAGUUUCUGGAUGGGGGCAAAUGUCAUGGAUCCUACAGAGAGAAAAUCAUUCGGUUCUUCAGUGAACAGCUGAAGCAAGACAGAGUGACAUGGAGGGUGGCUGAUGAAUUGCCAUGGUUACUGCAGCAGCAGGAAGAUCGAAGUAAUCUCCAGAUGAGUCUGCUUAACCUGUUUGUGUCCCAGAACCUGUACAAGAGGGGUCAUUUCUCAGAGCUGCUGGCAUACUGGCAGUUUGUUGGUAAGGAUAAAUGCUCAAUGGCGAUAGAGUAUUUCGACUCAUUGAAGGAGUUUGAGAAGACCUGUGAGAGUGAACAGAGCAUGAGCCGACUGGCCGACCUGUACGAGACACUGGGCCGCUUCCUCAAAGACCUGGGACUGCUCAGCCAGGCGGUGGCCCCCUUGCAGCGCUCCUUGGAGAUCCGUGAGACCGCUCUGGAUCCAGACCACCCAAGUGUGGCUCAGUCCCUGCACCAGCUUGCAGGGGUUUACGUUCAUUGGAGGAAAUUUGGAAACGCAGAGCAGUUGUACAAACAAGCUAUGGAGAUUUGUGAAAACGCUUAUGGCCCUGAACACAGCACUGUCGCUAGAGAACUAGACUCACUCUCGCUCCUCUACCAGAAACAAAACAAAUAUGAGCAGGCUGAGAAGCUGAGAAAGAGAUCAGUCAAGAUCAGACAGAAGACAGCACGACAGAAAGGCCACAUGUAUUGCUCUCCUCAAUCGAAGGCGCACCAGGCACUGCAGUUAGAGGAACUUACUCUUGGCAAAGACUCAGCAGAUUGUGCCAAGACUCUAAAUGAGCUUGGAGUGCUUUAUUACCUGCAGAACAACCUGGAUGCUGCAAAAAUGUUCUUGACCCGAUCCCUGGAGAUGCGCCAGCGUGUGCUAGGGCCGGAUCACACCGACUGCGCCCAGUCUCUGAACAACCUAGCUGCACUCCACAGCGAGAGGAAAGAGUAUGAGAGUGCAGAGGAGCUGUAUGAAAGAGCACUUGACAUCCGCAAACGAGUACUUGCCCCAGAUCAUCCCUCUCUCGCCUAUACCCUCAAACACUUGGCCAUGCUUUACAAACGCAGGGGGAAGCUGGAAAAGGCAGUGCCUCUAUAUGAACUGGCUCUUGAAAUCAGAGAGAAGAGCUUCGGGCCUAAACACCCCAGUGUGGCCACUGCUUUGGUUAACCUCGCAGUGCUCUAUUGCCAGCUGAAGCAGCACAGUGAUGCAUUGCCUUUGUACGAGCGAGCUCUAAAGGUAUAUGAGGACAGUCUCGGCCGACUGCACCCUCGUGUUGGAGAGACUCUGAAAAACCUGGCUGUACUCAGCUACGAAGAGGGAGAUUUCGAGAAGGCCGCUGAACUGUACAAGAGAGCAAUGGAAAUAAAGGAGGCUGAGCCGUCUCUGGUGUGCGGUAAGGCCCCCUCACAUCACUCAUCCAGCGGCGACACCUUUAGCCUGCAAAGCCCCGCCCUGCCUCAUGCCUCAAGGUGACACCUGACCCCUCAACACCUAACUAAGCUGAACUCUUACCUCUAAUAAUUAAGCCAUAUUGGCCACACUCACUGUGUUCAGGCAUGGGCUUGAAGUCUGCAUGGAGCAAUCAAAUAUGCAUGGUAAGAAAACAUUGGGAUCCAACUCGGUUCUCAUUCCUACUGUAAUUUACAGUAUAAAUCAAAUUGGAAAACCAGAGAAAGUGUUUUAUUCCUGUGAUUUUUAAUAACUGUUGAAACAGCACUCAAUAUCAUCAACAUACCAAUGACAUUUCUAAUGCACUGCUGUUAAACUGUGAGGUGUAGUAAAGUAGUGUUUAGUAAAGUCACUGACCAGAAUAGUGUUAUUUAUGGAAGGCAACCUCAGAAUUAAAAAGAAAGAUAAUUGUGAGAAGUUUAAAUGACUAAGUACCUUACUGUAAACAUAUAAAAUAUGUGAUCUACAGUGUUCCAGUCUGAGCUCCUUCCUCUGGUCUGACCUGCUUCCUGCCAUGCAAAGUAAACUUUAAAAUGCAGAACUGUAAAUUGCACAGCAAUACUAAAGGACAACUGACAUACAUAGCCAUACAAAACAUUAUAACAAGAUAUCAAGGUAAAGGUAAUGAAUCAAAUUAGUGUUUUUAUUGUAUUCAGUAUUUUAUUUUAUAUGGUCUCACAUUUUUAAGAGGAAGCAUUUAAAUGGUUCAAUACCACAGAACACAGCAUGUGCAAUAAUUAUGUUUUUUGUAAUGCAUUAUGACAGUGUCAAUAUAUGUAGUUUAGUUUAUACAAUGACUGUUCAUCUGAAAAGUGCAUCUAUAAUAAAUCCAUAUUAUGAACCAUA